AUGGGGAAGGACCAGGAACUGCUGGAAGCUGCUCGCACUGGGAAUGUGGCUCUGGUGGAGAAACUCCUCUCUGGGAGGAAAGGAGGGAUCCUGGGCAGUGGAUCUGGAGCUAUUCCCUUAUCCAGCUUGCUGAGCAUCUGGCGAGGACCAAAUAUAAACUGCACAGACAGUUCAGGUUAUACUGCAUUACAUCAUGCAGCUUUAAAUGGACACAAGGAUAUAGUUCUCAAAUUACUUCAGUAUGAAGCAUCAACUAAUGUGGCAGAUAAUAAAGGUUACUUUCCUAUUCACUUGGCUGCUUGGAGAGGAGAUGUAGACAUUGUGAAGAUUCUCAUUCAUCAUGGACCAUCACACUCCAGAGUGAAUGAACAGAACAAUGAAAAUGAAACAGCACUGCAUUGUGCAGCUCAAUAUGGUCAUUCAGAAGUAGUUGCUGUUCUGUUAGAAGAGCUAACGGACCCUACAAUAAGGAACAACAAACUAGAAACACCUCUGGAUCUGGCAGCACUUUAUGGACGCCUGCGUGUUGUAAAAAUGAUCAUCAAAGCAUAUCCAAACCUGAUGAACUGUAAUACAAGAAAACACACUCCUUUGCAUCUUGCUGCACGUAAUGGCCACAAAACUGUUGUACAGGUGCUUCUGGAGGCUGGAAUGGAUGUCAGCUGCCAAACAGAAAAAGGGAGCGCACUACAUGAAGCAGCCCUAUUUGGAAAGGUGGAGGUAGUACGCAUUUUGCUUGAAACAGGAAUUGAUACCAACAUAAAGGACAGUUUGGGUAGAACGGUUUUAGAUAUUCUUAAAGAACAUCCAUCUCAACAGUCACUCCAAAUUGCAGCUCUACUUCAAGAAUAUAUGGAAACAGGAAAUGCAAGUAUUUCAGAGGAAUGCCCACUGGAAUGCGCAGAGCAUCAGUCUUGUGUUUUGUCCCCAGAGAUUCCUCCGUCUCCAAAGGCUAAAAGUGAAGCUGUGACUGGAGAAUUAUCAAAGCUCUUAGAUGAAAUCAAAUUGUGCCAAGAAAAGGAAUACUCUUUUGAAGAUCUGUCUCAUACAAUAUCAGAACAUUACCUGGACAAUUUUAGUAAAGUAUCAGAGGAAGAACUUAUGACCAGUGGAAGCCAAACCAAGCUUAAUGUAAGGCCACCUUCAACAUGUUUAUCACCAAGAGAGGAAGAUGAUGAUGAUGCAGGUGAAAAUACGUGUGGUCCUUCAGGUUUAUGGGAGGCGUUGACACCUUGUAAUGGAUGCAGGAACCUCGGAUUUCCCAUGCUUGCACAGGAAUCUUAUUCAAAGAAGAGAGGUUAUGCAUUGGAAGCAAUACCAUCUGUACCUCUGGAUGCAGUUCCUUCAGAAAAUGACAGCAGUCUUUCUGAUUCGAUAGACAUAGCAGUGACCAAAAAACCUUGUUCCCUAGAGAUAGCAAGAGUUCCUUCCUCAAGACCAGAUAAUGCACCUCAGGUAGCAAUUACCGCACCAGGAUCUGGUAACCAUAGAAACAGCUCUACAGGCCCAACACCUGACUGCUCUCCUCCAUCACCAGACACUGCACUUAAAAACAUAGUGAAAGUUAUACGUCCUCAGCCCAAGCAGCGCACAUCAAUAGUAUCUUCUCUGGAAUUUCACCGAAUGAAUCACAGCCACAAUUAUUUUGAAAUCAACUCAUCCAUUGGCUGUACAAGUUUUAUUUCUACUCCUGCAAUCAGUCCAGCUAAUUAUUCCUUUGGAUCUCUGGAAUACAAGAAUAUUUCUACAAAACUGGCAGUUGUGCCAUCUGGAGAAACAUCCACUGAAAGUGAGCUUCCUGCAGGACACCCAGCUGAACAGUUUGCAGGUUUACUUCAUGGAUCAUCACCUGCGUGUGACCCACCUGAUAAUCCACUCCAGCUGUACAGCAAAGCAAACCAGUGCAGUGGUCCACUAGAGAAAAGCGUUUUGAGCAAGAGCACACUGCAGCAAAUACAGCUACAGAAAGAAAGCAACACUGAUCCUCCUGUUAAGAAAAAAAAACCACCGGUUGUAAACAGAACCAUAUUUCAUACUAAAACUAAACCAGUAGAAAAUCAUACAUUGGUUGGCACGUCAGCAAGGAUAAGUGAACAGUGGGUUAUUACUACUGGGGCAUUUGUGGAGCGAGCAUGCACACUUGGGAGAAUACGAUCUUUACCAAAGACUUUGCUUGAAAUGCAUUUGUCCAAAAAUGUUUCAAAAUCUGAUUCUAAUCUUAUCACCCAUCCACCAAAUGACAAAAAAGCAAGAAGCAACUGGAGUGAACCCACACCAAACCAACAGUGCUCCAAAGGGAAUUCGGAGAGAACACCUUCCUUCACGUCGGAAUGGGAAGAAAUUGAUAAAAUCAUGAGUUCAAUAGAUGCUGGAAUUAAUACUGGACUGGGGGAGAUGAAUGAUCACACUACAAGACCCCGAUGCCCUGUCCAGACAGUGGGACAAUGGUUGGAAAAUAUUGGGCUACCUCAGUAUGAAAACCACUUGCUGGCUAAUGGAUUUGACAAUGUGCAAUUUAUGGGAAGCAACGUAAUGGAGGACCAGGAUCUCUUGGAAAUAGGAAUCCUUAACUCUGGACACAGACAGAGAAUACUCCAAGCAAUCCAGCUUCUCCCAAAGAUGAAGCAGAUUGGUCACGAUGGCUACAACCCCACCUCUGUAGCUGAAUGGCUGGAUUCCAUUGAACUGGGUGACUAUACCAAAUCCUUUCUAAUAAAUGGCUAUACAUCGAUGGACCUUGUGAAAAAAAUCUGGGAGAUUGAAUUAAUUAAUGUCUUAAAAAUUAGCUUGAUUGGCCACCGGAAGCGCGUUCUGGCAUCUUUGGGAGACAGGCUUCACGAAGAUCCUCCUCAGAAACCACCUCGGUCAAUAACCCUCAGGGAACCCAGUGGUAACCACACUCCUCCUCAGUUGUCUCCAUCACUUAGCCAAAGCACUUUCACUACUGGUGGCUCCCUGGACGUUCCCCACAUUAUCAUGCAGGGCGAUGCAAGGAGAAGAAGAAAUGAAAACUAUUUUGAUGAUAUUCCCCGGUCAAAGCUGGAGAGGCAGAUGGCACAGACAGGAGACUGGGGAGAGCCUUCAAUUACUUUGCGACCUCCAAAUGAAGCCACAGCAUCAACGCCUGUACAAUAUUGGCAGCAUCAUCCAGAGAAACUCAUCUUCCAAUCAUGCGAUUAUAAAGCAUUUUAUUUAGGUUCUAUGCUUGUAAAAGAGUUAAGAGGCACCGAGUCAACACAGGAUGCAUGUGCAAAGAUGAGGAAGUCUACAGAACAAAUGAAGAAAGUACCAACUAUUGUCCUGUCUGUCUCUUACAAGGGAGUCAAAUUUAUUGAUGCAACAAAUAAGAAUAUUAUUGCUGAACAUGAAAUCCGUAACAUUUCCUGUGCUGCACAAGACCCUGAAGACCUUUCUACAUUUGCGUACAUCACUAAAGACUUGAAGACUAAUCACCACUACUGCCAUGUAUUCACUGCGUUUGAUGUGAAUUUAGCUUACGAAAUCAUUCUUACACUAGGACAAGCGUUUGAGGUGGCCUAUCAGCUUGCACUACAAGCACGAAAAGGGGGCCAUUCUUCAACCCUCCCAGAAAGCUUUGAAAAUAAACCCUCCAAGCCUAUUCCCAAACCACGUGUUAGUAUUCGGAAGUCAGUGCAGAUAGAUCCAUCCGAACAAAAGACUCUUGCGAAUCUACCGUGGAUUGUUGAACCUGGACAAGAAGCCAAAAGAGGCAUUAAUACCAAGUAUGAAACUACAAUUUUCUGAUACAAAACUGUCCCCCCUGUUCCUUGUUGUGCCUUGCACGCCAAGCAGUCACAGCACAGCCUUUCCUUUAUGGCAACGUUUCAAUCCAGCAGAGAGGAAGACUGCACUGUAUGAGUGGCCUUGCAACUAACAAAAAAGGCUGACGGUCAUUUCUGGUGAUGUUCUUCUUCCUGCAGCACUGACAGAAGAAUGACACUAUAUGAAGACUUUUAAAAUUACAGUCCACAAGAGGAGUGAGAAACCUUAUUUUUCACGCAGUUCUCCCUUGUGACUCUGCCACAGUGCUUUCUUUGAUUUCUUAUUUUAGAAUUCUACUUUUUAAAAAAGCAAAAGGUCUCUAAACUAACACUAAUGCUGCCUAUGAGUAGAAGAUUUGAUUGGUUUUUUAUUUAAAUCUUGGCAGUUUUUAAUUGAAAUAGAACCAGAAUUAAUAGAGUAUUUGUGAAACCACUGAAUUCAUUAAUAAUUAGUAUGUUGAAUAAAGAACUCAUUAAAGUGGCAAGAAAUUAGGUACCCUGAUUUCUAUGUGCACUGGUUUUAUAUGUAAUCAUUGGUGUCCUUUGAUCCUCUACUGAAAUAGGAACUUCUUUCAUUGUAACAAAGGAUCAGAGUUUUAUGACGGUUAGAAAAAGGUAUUAAUAAUGCACAGAAAAAAUUUAUUAGAUAUUUUUAUGGAAGAGAAGUACUAUAGAAAAACAUAUGAAUAUUUAUGGAAGGAAGCCAGAUUAAUUAUGACAAAUGUUGUUUAUUUUACAGUUAAGCGAACCACUGCUAUUGCAGCAUUAUGAAAAUUGUAAGAGUUGUAGCAUCAGUGCACUGGAUGUUCCAUGUGAUCAGUCUGGAAUGAAAGCAGAAUAGUCAUUCUACUACACCUAGUUUAUGCAGUUCAACAUUGCUAUAGCCAUGGAUUCUACUAGUAUUUUUAACAAAUAGUCUCAGUGGUUCUAAAAAAAGUCAAAACCAUGGAUUUUGCUAUCGAGAUUUCUGUCACAGAAAGCUUGUUUGGAAGAGUGUUGAUAAAAUUCUACUGCAAAACAUUUUCUAAAUAAAAAUAGCGAGAAAAAGAAAAAAAUUCCAAAGUAAUAAAAAUGUUUUCAUGGAACAAAAUAGUUAAGCAUUUGCUUAAUAUUUGAUUAAAUAAGAUUUACUUACAUUUUCUUUGAAGUGUUUUAAUUUUUUUAAUGUCUGUGGAGUAUUUGUAUAAUACCAUGAUGUAUAUUUAUGUAGAACUGAAAUUAUAACAGUAAAAAUAUCACUAUAGGAGACAAAUGACAUUUUAACGUAUAUUGUUCUAUCCAGUCAAAUUGUGAAUCAUUUUGAAGUUCAUUAUAGAGGUAUUGAUAAA